AUGGGCAGCAAAGGCUCCAAAAAAGGACCACCAACGGAACUGACACCUAAACGUGGCAAAGCAGAUACUUACUGCCAGCUUGCCUUUUCAAUGUUUGAUGCUAAUCAUGAUGGAGUAAUUGAUUUCAAUGAAUAUCUCCUUGCUGUUGCUGCUACAUCUCAAGGUGAUUUAGAUGAUCGACUCGAAGUUGCAUUCGAUAUUUGCGACACUUCAGAUGAUGGGCAAAUCAAUCAAAAAGAAUUGGUUACAAUGAUUUCGGCUGCGGUAUGA